UGUACCCAUUGUGGGUGUAACAGGUGAUCACAAUCAAGCAUAUCUGCGAGUAUAGCUGCGUUGGUGGAGUUUACAGAAAAAAUAAAGCCUUAUUUUUGUAUAUCCACGUUUCUACCGGUAACUGUGACAGCCCUACAGCUAUUUAACUUGUUUACAGAUCGAUUUGCGCCCACAUCUUCAAGGAUAAAAUGGAGAAGCACUCAACCGGUGGAGGAGACAAGACCGAGCCGGCUUCGCCUUUGAGGAAAACUAGUCAUCAAGACACCUGCGCAGCUAACUCCCACAGCUCCCGGGAGGACACCUGUGCUACUACUGAUGUCGCCAGGGCCAGGUGGACUCUGCUGAGACAGGUGUUGCGUCAGAAGCAGAUGGAUGCUCCAGAGGUCAAACAGGUGUCUGUUCGCAGGUUCGCAACGUUUGACCUUUUCAGCAGGAAAAGGCAUCUGACACAAGACCCCAGUGAUACCUCUGAUGACCAGUGGGUGGAGUACAGAAGUGUCUACUUUCCUGAGUACAGUGCCUUUCUCAGGGAUGACCUGGGGCCUAUCAGAGUUAAUGAAGUGCUCAACAGUUUCGACAACACCGGUAAUGUCUGUGUGUGGCCGUCUGAAGAGGUGAUGGCUCAUUACUGCCUGCAGAAACGCCACAUGUUCAAGGGUGCAGUGUGUGAGUUAGGAGGAGGUAUGACUUGUCUUGCUGGGCUCAUGGUUGCCAUUUGUGCUGACGUGAAGGAAGUUCUGCUAUCAGAUGGGAACGAGAAGUCCAUUCAGAAUGUACGAAAGCUGGCCGAGAGAAACAGGCAAGCUGGAAAGUUUGGGUCGACGCAGGUAUCUGCCAGGGUGGUGAGGUGGGACUGCGAGUCAGACAUUUCGGCGCUCGAGGGUCACUUUGACAUUGUCGUGUGUGCAGACUGUUUGUUCCUCGACCAGUACAGAGCCAGCCUGGUUGAUGCUAUAAGGAGAUUACUGCAACCCAACGGCACGGCGUUGGUGUUUGCUCCACAGCGAGGUGAAACUCUGAGACUGUUUUGUCAACUGGCCCAGCAGGCCGGACUCUGCGCCGCUCAACACCAGCAGUACGAUGCUCAGGUCUGGGAUGUUCACUUAAAGAUGCUGACAGAAGGAAAAGACGCAUACGAUGAGAACAUCCACUACCCUCUCCUCAUCACCUUGACCAAAGGACCUCAACCUGUCAGCCACAUUCACUAAACCAAAACAAAUGAGCCCUCCGCUCCACACAGUACCACUCCACAUGCUUCUGGAUAUGUGAGACGGAACGAUGCUACAGAGUCGUGUCAACAAUGUGAACCACAAGCGAUCACAAGUGAGGAGGAAGAAUUGCACUGAAAGAGCAGUAUUAGAAAACAGUAGGGUGCAUUUGUCUCAGUGUCAAGUGCUUAGUCGCAGAAAGCAAAUCAAGCUGUGGUCAUAUCUGAGAUAUUUUUCAUACUAAUACUGGCCACUGAGAGGAUUUAUUAUCAGAUGAUGCAUGGCUUUGGACAAUAUUUGAGCGUGCAUGUUUUGUAGUGGAGUGUUGAAGAACGUCUCAUUUCCGAAGCAGUGGGGAUACUUUCGCUGUGGCUGAGGAGUAAGAAAAGGAGAGGCGGAUCUACUCCACCCUAGUAUGUUUCAACCAUCUGCCAUAUGCCAAAUAACUAAUGUCAACCUCCACGAUAUCACCCGGCCCUUUAAUCAGUUGGCCUGUCACUCUGUUGACCAAUCACUGCUCGGAUCAGCUAAUCACUCAUCCCUUAAGUUAAUCAGCCAUCCAGGAAAGUGAGCCACGUUGCCAAACAGUCAUCUGACCAGCCAGACAAGUAACCCAGUCCAUUCAGUUACCUAAUGUGGUGGUUAAUCAGCCAGUAAUCCAUUCAUCAUUCCAGCCAACAAUUCAGCCACAUGUGUAGUCAGUUAACAGGUCAGUCAUUAACGUGGACAUUUCCUCCGUCAGUCCUACUGUAGCUGUCAGCUAUUCAGUCAGUUGGCCCUCUUUAACCAGUCAGUAUUAACCUAUGCCACUGUGUUUCUGGCCCCAGCAUGGAGGCCAGCUCUAAUUCAUUAACCAUCGCAGACUGUGGAGCAGCUCACAGUUUCCUGUAUUUCUCUUUGUUCCCUUCUUCCCCCGCUUUAAUUUCUCCUAAUAUAACUCAUUCAUCCCAGUCAGAGGUCAGUAUUAAGGAUAUUUUGUGCAUUACUUACAACAGUACAUUAACAUAUUAAGGCGCGUUCAGACGAAGGAGCAACUGUUGCUGCCCAGGAGCUACAGCUCGCAUACUCAUUUGGGCAGAGCAACAUAUCAGUAUCAUGAUUCAUGUCAUCUUAGAUUCUGGAUAUCAUAAGUGUUGUCUUUCUGGCUUUAAAGGCUGCAUUGCAGUAAAGUGAUGUAAUUUUCUGAACUUACCAGACUGUUCUAGCUGUUGUAUUAUUUGCCUUUAUCCACUCAGCCAGUAUAUCCACAUUACUGAGGAUUAUUUAUCAAAAAUCUCAGCGUGUAAAUAUUUUGCGAAAGCACCACGAGUCAACACGACAAUAUCGUCGCAAUCUCAAUAGAUGUAUUUUGUAAAACAUGUCGAAAUACUUGAUUUUCUCCAUAUCUCCCAGCCCUAGUACACAGCAACAUCACAUCCUGCUUUACUGCUAAUUUGUUAAAGUUUUAAACCGCCACAGAUCAAAGUCCAUGCCGUCAUGACCCCUCCAGGUUGCACUGACAGCAGUUGAUAUCAAACAUAUUUGGUAACGGAAAUGGGACUCACCAGCUGAAGCCUGACUCGUUCACAAACAUUCAGCAGGUCCUGCGGCAGCUGCUCAGCGCUCCUCGUCUGAACCCGCCUUCAGGAAGUGAGUCUAAAGAGAGACAGAGAGAGAGAACACAUGCACAUCAGUGUGAUGACUCCUACUAAUGGCAUUUAUUGACACGUGACCCCAAUACUGUGCAAUAGAUUUGUUGUUGUUUUUUAAACGUGUGAUACACUGUGUGGAACAGGAUUUAUUUGCAUAUUUUCUUUCCUUUUUUUUUUUUUUUUUUUUAAAUAAUGCAGCCCUCUUGAAAAUCUCUUACCCCCCAUGUCCACUGGGUGCAGACAAUCUACUGCCGAAAUUCAUGAUUGGCAGGUCUAUGAUGAGCUACAUUCACUUUUGAAUGUAUAUAAUGCCUAUGAAUUUAAAACUGCAUUCACUUCUUUACAAAUAUACAGCAAAACUAUAUCACCUGUUUAUGUAAUUUCUCUGAUAAAAAGGGAAGGAAUGUCACAGUUUUCCUCUGCUAAUUUAGACUACAAAACAAAGUAUCUGUGAUCAUAAACGAGCUGCAGACAUGUUUUCAGUAUGCAUGAAAAACACAAAAAGUGUCUGCAAACAAAACACACUUGAAUAGAAACCAGACGCAGCCACAUCCAGUGGACAUACGGGGUUAAAUAGGAUUAAAUAUUGAUCAACUAUGUGCAACCAUAGUUCUUCAAUCUCACCAAGAGCAGAAACCUUCACACAUUUCAGACCAAUUGCUCCUUCAUGUUCUGUUGGCAUUCUUUUCUAUCAGCACAACUAACUGUUUUACUCAGGUCUUUUUCCAUGCAUUUAUCAGUUUCUUGUUUCUUGUGGUAUUAAAAAAAACGCCAAGUGUCAGAGGAUCACCUGAGCCUAAAGUUGUACCUAUCACUAGUAAAGUGUUUCCAUAUUUCACUGUGAUCCAUUGCUGUAUGCAACAGCCAAGAAGCUAUGCAGUAUCUCUCAGUGGCUGCUGUUUACAUUCCUCAUGUUGAAAAAAACAUAAUCCACCUUCAGAAAUGAGCGGUAUUCCCUGUGUGUAACUACUCAGAAAAGUAAAUUAAGCCAGUUUUAUCAGUGGUCUCAAUGCUUUGAGGGCUUAAAUUGCAUUGCAAAAAAUGUUCCCAUUGCAAAGGUUUAGAAGUGUGUUUAAUUACAUUUUUAUCUGUAAUGCAGUUUGCUGUAUACCUUUGAUAUUUGUGGGCUAGUGCAUAAAUACCAUCCCAACUGUGA